AAUGUAUCCAUCUUUGUUAGGGUUGUUGAGCAAAUCAAUAGGUAAACCACUCAGAUUCUGACACAUUUUUUUUUUUUAAUUUUUUGACACAUUUUCUUAUUAUUAAUGGUGAAAUGUGUCAAUUUGCAUGAUUAAUCAAAGAUUCAUAGUGGGUUCAUUUGAAUUUCUAAAAAGAUUCAAACUUUCUGCAAACUACUACAUUGUUUUCAAGAACAGAGAAAAUGGGUUUGUUGACAAACAGAGUGGGGAGGAAUGAAAUCAAACCAGGAGACCAUAUUUACACUUAUAGAGCUGUUUUUGCUUACUCCCACCAUGGUAUUUUUGUUGGCGGAAGCAAAGUGGUCCAUUUUAACCGUCUUCAGGCCUUUUCUGAUGAUGAUGAUAAUGAUGAUGAAAUGUCAGACCUUUCUUCUUCAUGUCCAACCUUUCCUGACUGUGGAUUUAAGCUACCUAACAGUGGUGUUGUUCUUUCUUGUCUGGAUUGCUUUCUCCGCGAUGGUUCACUCUACAACUUUGAUUAUGGAGUAAGCCCAUCUGUUUUCCUUACCAGAGUGCGAGGGGGCACUUGCACUACUGCAGCAUCAGACCCUCCUGAGAUGAUCAUACACCGAGCAAUGUAUCUUCUUCAAAAUGGAUUCGGUCACUAUAAUGUGUUCCUUAACAAUUGUGAGGACUUUGCGCUGUACUGCAAAACAGGCCUUCUAACAGCUGAUAGACGCAGUGUUGGAAGUAGCGGACAAGCUUCUUCUAUCAUUGGUGCUCCGUUAGCUGCUCUUCUUUCUUCUCCUCUGAAGUUGCUAAUUCCUAGUCCUGUUGGUGUGGCCACACUAACAGCAGGGAUGUAUUGUAUGAAUAGAUAUGCAACUGACAUUGGUGUUCGAAGUGAUGUUGUCAAAAUAGCAGUUGAAAACCUGGCAGAGAAGCUUGGCUACGGAAACAGUCAUGGAAGAGUCAUCAUAGAACACAGGUCUUUGAAUCAGGGAACUGCUAGGUGACAUCAAUCUCAGUGUCUUACACAGAGAGUAUUCUCGAUGUUGUAUCAAUUUAUGAUGAAGUUAUUGUGUUUGCUUAACAUAUCAUACAUAUUCUCCAGAAACUACUCUUUGGUUAUCCAUGUGUGAAAGGUAAUGAUCCUACUCUAAGUUGACAGUAACUUUUAGGCCUAAUACUUAAGCAUACAUUAAUAACUUAGCCUCAGUUGGUAAGUAAGCACUUCAACUUUUGAGAGUGUACAUCUCGACACUUCAUCUUGGUUUUAACUUACAACAAAACAACUCCAACUCGUCCUGACUAUAUCUCAUGGACACUUGAUGCUGACAUGAUACAUAAAUUUUGGAGGUGUCUAGAUGAUCAUUUUGUAAGUUGGAGUGCUCAAUUAACACAGUGGUGACAAGUUGAGGUGUCUAGAUGUGCAUACUCAAAGUUGGAGCGUUUACUUGCCAACAAAGGAUCCGUUUGAGUGCUUGUUUAUGUAUUAUGCCUAAAUGUUAUAUUUUGGGAGUGUCUCGUUCAUGUAAUCGCCGAGCCUAUGUUUUGGCACAGAAGAUUGUAGUGCAGAAAAUCUGUAUGAUUCCUGCUUGAUUUUGUUGUGUGCUUCCUCAAGUUAUAUUAUCAGCC